AACCAAUCUCAAGAAAAUGAUGGAGAAGGUGGAGAUGUUUCAUUGUUUGGACCGCUUGGAACCAGUCUCUUUGUUACAAUAUCUGCUCUAGAAAAUGAUGGAGAAGGUGGAGAUGUUUCAUUGUUCGGACCGCUUGGAACCAGUCUCUUCGCUCCAAUAUCUGCUCUAGAAAAUGAUGAAGGAGAUGGUGGAGAUGUUGCAUUGUUCGGACCGCUUGGAACCAAUCUCUUCACUCCAAUAUCUGCUCUUGAAAAUGAUGGAGAAGGUGGAGAUGUCUCAUUGUUUGGACCGCUUGGAACCAAUCUCUUGGUUCCAAUAUCUGCUCUUGAAAAUGAUGGAGAAGGUGGAGAUGUCUCAUUGUUCGGACCGCUUGGAACCAAUCUCUUCACUCCAAUAUCUGCUUCAGAAAAUGACACAGAAUGUGAAGAUUUUUCAUUGUUUGAACCACUAGGACCUACUCUCCUUGCUCUAGCAUUUGGUACAUCAAAUGCUUGAGAUUUCAUGUCGUUCAUAUUGCUAGAAACUUUUUUAGCCACAUCGAAA